CCGCGCUGCCAGCCGCCGCGCCGCGCCCAUCCCCACUUUCGCUUUCACUUCUCCUCCCGGCCCCGGGCGGCCUCACCUCGCGGUCUCCGGCUGCCCCGCGCUGGAGGAGGUGAAGACCGCCGAGAUAAAACUAUGGGAAGUGCUAUUCUUUGCUGGAACAACUUAUCUUUCAGACUGGUGUCUGUUUGCUUACUGUGUGCAUCAGUUGGAAAGCAAUGUCAGAUCAGAAAUACAAUGGCAGAUUGUAGUCACCUAAAGCUGACUCAAAUUCCUUCUAAUCUCCCAAACAACAUAACAGGUUUGGACAUUUCCCAUAAUCAACUAAAAAAGCUAGUUCCUGAAAAUCUGACCCAGUACAGCAAGCUGGUUUACUUAAAUGCGGGAUACAAUAUCAUCUCUGAACUGCAACCAGAACUGUGCAAAAAUUUGCCCCUGUUGCAAAUUUUGAAGCUAGAACACAAUCAAUUGCAUGAGCUCCCUGAUGGAGUGUUUGCUUCCUGCAGCAACCUGACUGAUCUCAAUCUAGGAUACAACAUCAUAGAAGUAAAAAAUGAUCCUUUCAAAACCCUAGAGAACUUGAAUAUUUUGGAUCUAUCUCAUAAUCAUUUGAAGUCAGCAAACUUAGGAUUGCAGCAACAGCUGAAGAACCUUCAUGAGCUUGUGUUGUACAGCAACCAAAUCACUGAAUUAAAAAAGGAAGACUUAAAAUUUCUCAGCAACACUUCAUUGAAUAGUCUUGAUUUGUCAUCAAAUCCCCUGAAAGAGUUUCACACAGGAUGUUUACAUGGAAUUGGAAAUCUGUUUGGCCUUAUACUGAACAAUGUUGAACUUGGUGAAAAUCGCACGAAGAAACUUUGUACCGAAUUAUCAAACACAGCGAUUCAGAACCUCUCACUGAGCCACGUGAAGCUUUCACACAUUAGCAAGUUAACUCUCCUGGGACUGCAAGGAACAAAUCUCACAGUUUUAAAUCUUUCAAAAAAUUAUCUGUCUGUGAUAGAAGAUGACUCAUUCCAGUGGCUGUCAAAUUUAGAGUACUUAAACCUGGAGGAUAAUAAUAUUAUUAAUGUGUCUUCACGUUUAUUUUAUGGAUUGUCCAGUAUUAAACAUCUGAAUCUGAUAAAUUCACUUAAUGGGAAAAUUGAAGAUUUUUCCUUCCAAUGGUUAUACCACCUGGAGUACCUUAUCAUGGAUAGUAACAAUUUUCCACAAAUUACUACUAACUUGUUCACAGGUCUGAAAAACCUGAAAUAUCUAAGUCUUUAUAACUGCAACAUAAACUUACAAAGAAUAACUAAUGAAACAUUUGUUUCACUUGCUAAUUCCAGCUUGCAGGUUCUCAAUCUCACAAAAACAAGAAUCUCUACAGUAGAAAGUGGGGCAUUUUCCUCCUUGGGACAACUGAAAAUUCUUGAUCUUGGUCUCAAUGAAAUUAAUCAAGAGCUCACAGGUCAUGAGUUUGAAGGUCUCAGUAAUAUAGAAUAUAUUUAUCUUUCUUAUAACAAAAAUGUGACCUUGCAAAGUGAAUCAUUUAUUUUUGUUCCAAGUCUUAGAAAACUGAUGUUAAGGAAGGUAGGUUGCAAUAAUCUGGCAAUUUCUCCUUCACCUUUUCAUCCUCUACAAAAUCUGACUGUCCUGGACAUCAGCAAUAACAACAUAGCAAACAUAAAGGAGGACUUGUUUGAUGGACUUUACAAACUUGAUAUUCUGGAUUUGCAGCACAAUAAUUUAGCUCGACUUUGGAAACAUGCAAAUCCAGGAGGCCCUGUUCUUUUUUUAAAAGACCUUCCCAACUUGCAUAUUCUCAAUUUAAAAUCAAAUGGGUUUGAUGAGAUUCCAGUUCGUGUUUUCAAGGGUCUGCAUCAGUUAAAAAACUUGGAUUUAGGAUCAAAUAAUUUGAAUUUGCUGCCAGCAACUUUAUUUGAUGACCAAGCCUCUCUAAAUACAUUGAACCUUCAGAAAAAUCUAAUAACCUCAGUUGAAGAAGAUGUGUUUGGUCCAGCUUUCAAGAGCCUGAGAAAACUAGAGAUGGAUUCCAAUCCAUUUGAUUGCACCUGUGAAAGCAUUGCUUGGUUUGCUAGUUGGCUAAAUGUCACUCAAGCAUAUAUACCUGGAUUGCAGUCUCAGUACAUUUGUAACACCCCACCUAAAUAUCACAGUACUCUGGUGCUGCACUUUGAUACCUCAGCCUGCAAGGACAGCGCUCCAUUUAAGCUUCUGUAUGUGAUCACUACCACUGUUGUGUUGCAACUCAUUUUCAUUGUUCUUCUCAUCCAUUUUGAAGGGUGGAGAAUAGCUUUUUACUGGAAUGUUUCUAUAAAUCGAAUACUUGGCUUUAAAGAACUUGACAGACUACAGGGAGAGUUUGAUUAUGAUGCCUACGUUAUUCAUGCAAGACAGGACAAGAACUGGGUGUUGAAGAAUUUCACCUCUCUAGAAGAAAAUGAGCAAUUUCAAGUUAAGUUUUGUCUAGAAGAACGGGACUUUGAAGCAGGAAUAUCUGAAUUUGAAGCUAUAAUUAACUGUAUAAGAAGGAGCAGGAAGAUUAUUUUUAUUGUGACUGAACAUCUCUUACAGGAUCCAUGGUGCAAGAAGUUUAAGGUGCAUCAUGCUCUACAGCAAGCUAUUGAACAAAGUCGAGACUCCAUCAUAUUGAUCUUUCUUCAUAAUAUACAAGAUUACAAGUUGAAUCAUGCACUUUGCUUGAGAAGAGGAAUGUUCAGAUCUCACUGCAUCUUGAACUGGCCAGUCCAGAAGGAAAGAAUCAAUGCAUUUCAUCAGCAGUUAAUGAUGGCACUUAAAUCUAAUAGUAAAGUACGCUGAAUUCAGUUUUUUGAAGUUAGAAAACUAGCAGGUCUUCAAUAAAAACAGAAAAAAAAAGUCUGUCAUAUUGGAAAGUGUCACUGAAAGUUGCUAAUUUAUAUUUACUUGUCUAAAUUCAUGUUCUUGCUGUUAUUGUAAUUCACCUGCACU